GUUUCCGUUCUUCGCCCUGAACAAAGAGACGCGAGCAACAGCCGCAACAAUAUCAUUCAACACCUCUUCUGCGUCCGUCGGCACAACCGCGCUCGGCGGUUUAGUGCAUGGAGCCCGCUCGCCAAGGGCGGGAGAAGUGCAGGUACGACGGUGACACCAGGCUCGUGGCCGGCUGCCUGCCGGUCACCCCGGACGGCAGGCUUGUGCUCAUCGGGAGCCUCAAGCGCACGGACUGGAUACUACCCAAGGGCGGGUGGGACACGGACGAGACCGCCGCGGAGGCCGCCGUCAGAGAGGCCUACGAGGAGGCAGGGGUGAAAGGGUUGGUGACCGCCGACUUGGGCCCACACGAGAUCGUCAGCAGCCGAGGCAACAAGAGCCGGGCUGCGAUGUUCGCUCUGCUGGUGUCGGACGUCUUGGACGAGUGGCCGGAGAAGCACAGGAGACGGAAAGUGGUUACGUUAGAAGAGGCGUUGUUGCUCUGCACUCGGCCGGAGGUUGUGUCGGUCCUGCAGGCCUACGCAACCCUGGUGUCAUGACGCGCGGAGUAGAGAAGAGAGUCGAGCUCGCCCCCCUGGUGUCAGCGGUCCUGGUGUAGAAAUGAGAGGCCGGGCGAAUUUAGACUUGAUGUGCCCCGCCGAGGAAAGAGUGUACCAAGCGCGGCUGCUUCAGGUCAUCAUGGCCGUUAUUGAGGAAGAACACGAAGGACGUUCCCGUCCCCUCCCGGAGAUGUGGGGAGCAGGAUAAACUUGCUCGCUGUUUUUAAGGAGUUACCCUUCCUCGCUCUUGCGAAAAGUUAGUUGCAGCCCGGAAACCCGGGAAACAUUCCGUCAAGUAGUGGAAACCCGUAAAAACAAGAGUAAAUAGCGGGUUUGUUCCGUGCAACGCUUUGACUCGUUAUUCCACAACAUGAGAGUAGCACCUCGAUGCUGUGGCGUUCUGCGAUGACCAGCCGGCGUGGUAGCUGGGGCUUGUCGGUGUUGGCGUACAGGACCUCUCUGUAUGGCCCGGCAUGCUGCGGAAGCUGGCAAGAAACGCUCGGUAGGUCGCUUCUGUCUAUCGGGUUGUGGCCGACGACGGGUGGAUGGGGAUUCAUUUCAUGGGGAUUCGUUUCCUUCGCAACGAAGCGCCGGUCGAACGUCCGGGAUGCGUUUGCACACAAGGCAGGAAGAGGUGUGUGUGUGUGUGUAUGUGUGUGUCUCGUGUUCUGUGUUUAUGCUGGGGGUGGGUGUAUACGCCCCAACAGGGAACGGAGCGAAGAGCCAGCGAGAUGCACUUGCUCAUAAUGCAUGGCCGUACAUAGGAGUUUACUGCCUUUGAUUGUGGUGUCGCCUGGAAGCAGCGGAGUGCGUCGGAUUUUGGCCGACGCAGAAGGGGGCGACCGAGGGGGGCGUGCUCAUGUUGUACAUGCCUUCGUUGUUACACCAUCGACCAAGGGGGAGGGGGGGAGAGGGGGGGGUGUACUCAUCGUCGUGCAUGCCAUAGUCG